GGGGCCAACCAAUGAGAGAGGGGCAUGUUAGAUUAUUUUGGGGAAGGGCUCAUGCUAGUAGGGUUCACUUUUACCAGGCGCUAAGUGUCCCCGGCAACCAGUGUCUCCUGUACCAGUAGAAGCUCCAGAACUCUCACCCGCUUGCCUGACUCUGCAGUCUUUGCCCACUGAAUAGCCAUGAGACGGCAACUCCGGUCCAGAAGGGCUCCAGCCUUUGCUUACGGUUAUCGCUACAGACUUGAUGAUCAGGAUGAAGCGAACCAGAACUACUUAGCAGAUGAAGAGGAGGAAGCAGAAGAAGAGGCUCAGGUGAUGGUGGUGCCCAAAUUGGAGGAGGAGAAAGAAGAGGAGGAAGAGGAGGAAAAGGAGGAGGAAGAGGGUCAGGGUCAGUCAACAGGCAAUGCCUGGUGGCAGAAAUUGCAGAUCCUGAACGAAUACCUGUGGGAUCCAGAGAGAAGGAUGUCUCUGGCCCGAACAGGUCAGAGUUGGAGCCUGAUCUUAGUCAUCUACUUCUUCUUCUAUGCCUCCCUGGCUGCUGUGAUCACCCUCUGCAUAUACACACUGUUUCUGACUAUCAGUCCUUACAUGCCGACCUUCACUGAGCGGGUGAAGCCUCCUGGAGUUAUGAUCAGACCCUUCGCCCAUAGCCUUAACUUCAACUUCAACGUUUCUGAACCUGACACUUGGCAGCAUUAUGUGAUUAGCCUAAAUGGCUUUCUCCAGGGUUAUAAUGACAGUCUUCAAGAGGAAAUGAAUGUAGAUUGUCCCCCGGGACAGUACUUCAUCCAAGAUGGUGAUGAAGAGGAGGACAAGAAGGCCUGUCAAUUUAAGCGUUCCUUCCUGAAGAACUGCUCUGGUCUGGAGGACCCUACUUUUGGAUAUUCUACAGGACAGCCCUGUAUUCUUCUAAAGAUGAACCGGAUUGUAGGCUUUCGUCCUGAGCUUGGAGAUCCUGUGAAGGUUUCCUGCAAAGUUCAGAGAGGUGAUGAGAACAACAUCCGAUCCAUCAAUUACUACCCAGAGUCGGCUUCCUUUGACCUCCGCUACUAUCCUUACUAUGGCAAACUGACUCACGUUAACUACACCUCUCCCCUGGUGGCAAUGCACUUUACAGAUGUGGUGAAGAACCAAGCAGUGCCCGUGCAGUGCCAACUGAAGGGCAAAGGCAUCAUAAAUGAUGUCAUCAAUGAUCGUUUUGUGGGUAGGGUAAUCUUUACCCUGAACAUAGAAACGUAAGAACUUCAGGUGGCCAACCCCACCAGUUCUGUUUCUGUUUUGUCUCACGCUAGCCCUGUUAGCACCUGAAUUCUUUUCCUUUAAUUCGGACACAGCCAGGUGGCCACAUAAGACAGCAAAUCAUCUUUCCUUGCCUUUGACAUGUGUCUAAAGUGACAUUGUGGGAGCUGUUUGAUUUUUUAAAGGUAGUCUCUCCUGAUGACAAACAGAUUGAUUUCCUUUCCCUCCAUUUAAAACUAAAACCUAUUCUUGCUGCUAGAAAUUUCGCUGUAGUGUAAACAUAGUAUUUCAUAAAAUUCACAAUGGCCAUGAAGAAUUUCUAUGAUGAUUAGAAAUUCAUCAUGUUCUCUAAAAUUGUGAGGGUUUUAGAGGUGCGAUUCCUCCCAACCAGGCUGAUAAUCUAACCCCCCUGUUCAAAACCUUCCUGGCAAGGUAGUUCCCUGGGAAUCACCACUCAGAAAAAUCCAGACAACACUUAGGGCUGCUAUACCUGUAGAAUUCCAUAUCCAGGAGUGCUUGAGAAACUGGCUCCCUCCCACAUGCAAUUAAAUACCGAUCUGAAGACUAAGUUAUCUUCAACUGGGACAGAAAGCAGUGCUCACUGGAUAUGGUUCUGGGAUAGAGAUGAAGACACAUUCUAUGACUUUCUUAAGAGGUAGAAUCCACUUAUCAUAUGGAUGUAAUUGGUGUUUGGUCCCUUGUUCUAUGAUAAAAUCAUCCAAAGGCAAACAUUCCUGAAAACAGGUUCAAGCAGAGAAGAAACCAUGGGAGAAGAUCUCCACCAGCUAAUUAUUCUUGAGCUCUUUGUUUGACAGUAGUGUGAUGUUCUUUGAGACCAUCAGGAAUGGGUGUGUUGACCCCCAGCUACAACUCUGGGGAUUGAAAUCAGGGUCUGCCAACUAAUGCAUGACAAGAAAGAAAGCUCUUGCCAGGCCACCGUAAAAGCCAAGGCUCAUUAGCCAGUUUUGCAUUUACUUUCAAAAUGAUGUGAGGCAGAUGUUUAUCCAUGUUGUGGAUCAGCCAGGUCGCUUUGUCUUACCUUUGGCCAUGUGAUCAUUCCGCUGCUUCUUAACACCUCCAGUAGGGGGAGGGCUGGGACAAGGAGAAAAGGCAAGCACCAGGGACUAGCAUAGUGCCUCAGCAACUUUAAAUGUCACCUAGAAGCAUCCGGAGUCUGAAUCUCCUCUACAAUGUUUACUUUCUCCUAAAACAGGGAAUUGACAGUCUGGUAGUGAAGAUAAACAAGUGGAGAAGUAACUCUGAUAUAGUGUGAUGUGAGGUAUAAAACUAGUAUGUGGAAAUGCUAUGGGAACAUGAGGAAAAAUAACUAGCUUGAACUGAGAAAGUAGCAGAGGAAAUUUCAUAUGCAAAACCACAAUUAUGUGUUUGGGUAACUGUGAACUGUUCAUGUAACUGCAGUGUAAAGACUCAGAAGAAUGGCAGGGAGUGGCAAAGAUUUAGGCUAAGAGAGGUAUUUAAGAUCUUUGAGUUUUAUCCAGUAGGUGAAAAGAAGUCAUUAAAACAUUUUAACCAGGGAAGCCCUGUGAUCACAUUCGCAUCUUAGAAAGAGCACUUUGGCAACCACAGUGUGAAGAGUGGAUUGGAGAGAGACGAGACUGCAGAAAUGGGGAAUGAAGAAGAAGGACGAGUCAAGAAUAACUCCAAGGUUUUAAGCUUGGCUAGAACCAGUGAGAUGGUGAUACUGUUGAUUAAGACUGGGAAUACAAGAGAAAAGCAGGUUUGCUGAAAAAGAUGCUGAGAUCAGUUCUGGACAUUUGGCUUGUGAUUUUCUACUGGUUAGAUAUUGAUGUGGAGAUGUUAACACAUGUAGGGCUGAGAAGAAGGACAGAUGAAAACAAAAGUCACAUUUGAUUAUGUAAACUCGCUUAAGAAAUUUUAAGCUAUUUAAUCUUGGGAAUUGAAGCCAAUUAAGUAAACACACUACACCAAUCUAGUCUGUAGCAGUGUUUUUUUUCUCUUGGCUUUGUGGCAGAAAGGACUGCUGUUCUUCUUCAGAAUCUCCUUCCCAGAUACCUUCCAAGUCUUAUCACCAGAGUAGAGGGGGGGCUGACCACUAUUAACAAGUGAUAGAAGGUAUAGGACAGCAGGUCUAUGGGAAAUAUAAAAAAAUGAAACUGUCUCCUGCUUGCCUAUUAGCAAAUUCACUUUUCAAAACUAACCAUUAGAAAGAAAAAGAACAACAUGAAAAAGACAACAACUUUAAAUCCAUUUAAAAAUUGUCUCAAUUUUGGCUCGGCACCUGUGGCUCAAGCGGCUAAGGCGCCAGCCACAUACACCUGAGCUGGCGGGUUCGAAUCCAGCCUGGGCCCGCCAAACAACAAUGACGGCUGCAACCAAAAAAUAGCCGGGCAUUGUGGUGGGCACCUGUAGUCCCAGCUACUUGGGAGGCAGAGGCAGGAGAAUUGCUUGAGCCCAGGAGUUAGAGGUUGCUGUGAGCUGUGAUGCCACAGCACUCUACCCAGGGCAACAGCUUGAGGCACUGUCUCAAAAAAAAAAUUGUCUCAAUUUUAAAACUAACCUUUGAAAAGGUAAAGGACAAAAUGAAAAAUACAAUAACUUUUAAACAAUUUUAAUUACCUCAACCAAUCAAACUUUCAAAAUUCAGUAGUAAAUGAUAAUAGGACAUUAGAUCUGGAAAGGAUAUUAGAGCGCAUUUAGAGAAAACAGCCUGCAUUGCAUCUGACUCCAGGUCCAGUGCUCUUUCUACUCUGAGCUGCUGCUUACCAGGAAGUACCAUCUUUUUAAAAAUCAAUGAAUGUUAUCCCAAACAUUUGAAACAUAUGUCAAAUCUGAGUUAAAAUAGUUAACAUUUCACAGGAAUUCAACUACUGGUGCUAUAUUUUAUACGUAAUACAUUAUCCUGUUAAAUGUGUUGACUAUUAGACAAGGAAUUAUGAAUCUUUUGUGAAACGAUAUUUCUCAUUCAAUGGAAUCUACUGUGUCCACAAUUUCAAAGCAGUAUUGAGGAGUACUAAGUUUGGGUUGUCAGCUAGGACACGAAAAAAUAGCUUUACUGUACAGAACUGGAUAUAACAUAGUCGUUAAAGUUAGAUUCUAACUGUUCAAUAAACUUCUAGUAGAUUAAUUUAAAUAAUACCCAUACUGUGCUGUGUCAGGAUUUGAUUUGUAUACCAUCUGUUGCAAUGCAUUUGGUUUUACUUGACUGUCGAUAAGAAAUACUACUUCCAAAUGUCUUCAUAGUUUUGUCCAUGCUAGAUUUGGUUAUGAUUUUUUACCUUCUACCCCUUUGAGAUUUUUUCCUAAAGUUACCUUUCUUAAGCAACCUUUUACUGGGGAUGUAGAAAACAUUUAUAUUGUCUUGGGUUGUUGACAACAAU